GCCACUGCAGUUGUUCAGCUGUACAAGGCACUGCCCCCAGGAGCCAAGCACUGGACCAAGGAGCAUUGUGGGGCUGUGUGCUUUGUGAAGGAUAACCCCCAGAAGUCCUACUUCAUCCGCCUUUAUGGUCUUCAGGUGACCACCCCACCCCAAACAUGCAAGCCAGUUUUCAACUCAAAAACCAGACCUGUGUCUGUAGCCCUGAGCCCUCGGACCAAAUCAGUGAAUCCCUGAGGGCCAGAACUAAAGACCCAUCCAGAUCCCAAGUUCUGGUUUGCUACUCUAAGUCUGGUCUGCAAUGCUGACCCAAGAGUCUCUGGAUCAAAGUCUCUAAUCCCCCCAGUAUUAGGACACCUCCUAAGCCUAAUCUAUUCCACAAAUUCAAAAAAAUGAGCGUUAUGUUUAUGCUUAAACCUGUUCUAAACUCAAUAUUUUUCAUCCCAGGAAUCCCUGAUCGAAACUCCUGAACCUAGAUGUUUGUCUAGCUCUUAAGUCAUAAAUCUGUUCCCAAACCUGAAUAUUCCAUUGAGUCUUGAACUCCAAAUCUGUCCUUUUAAACCCACAGCAUGGACCCAAGAAUUCCCAUUAAAACUCUUGAACACUCAAAUAGUGAUGUAGUUCUUAGGCAAAAAAUCUGUUCCAUAACCCCCCAAACUGAAUUUUCCAGGCUUAAACCCCAAAUUCAUCCUUCUAAACUCAUAAAGGUGGACCUAGCAUAACUUCAAUAUCCCACGGCCAUCAAUUAUUAAACAUACUCCUAAAACUAUAACUAUGCUCUAUAGACCCCAAAGUAUGCAUACCUUAACUGGACUCCUCCAAACUCCCAGGUAUCUAUGUCUGAACCUCAAUUCCUACAUACUAGAACCCAACCUACAAUGAAGGGGGAGUGGGCACAGGAUUAAGUCUAUGAAUGAACCUCAGUUUCCUAGGACUGGAGUCCUAAAUUCUCAAAUUCAAGCCCUCAAGUCCCAUAUCUAGAUCCCUGAACCCCAAAUCCAAACUUUUCACAAAAAUGUCACUCCCAGACUAAACCCCAACUCUGAUGCUGAGCUACAAACCUCCAAAUCAGACCCUGAGGCCCCAAAUCUGGACACUAUGCUCCCUGCCCAGAUAACCAAAGCCUGCCACCCAGGGCACACCUCAGUGCCAGCAUGUUCCCCACCCUGCACCUCUCCAGGCUGGCCGGCUGCUCUGGGAACAGGAGCUGUACUCACAGCUGGUCUAUUCUACUCCCACCCCCUUCUUCCACACCUUCGCUGGAGAUGUAAGUGGUCAACCAACCCCUGGGUUUUAGUUGGGGUGUAGGGAGGAGAUGGGAAAGCAUGGGGUCCUGGAAGGCUGCUGACCCCAAGGCAUAUGCAGGACUGCCAAGCAGGGCUGAACUUUGCAGACGAGGGCGAGGCUCAGGCCUUCCGGGCCCUGGUGCAGGAGAAGAUACAAAAAAGGAAUCAGAGGCAAAGUGGAGCUCCCAAUCUACCUGUCUAUCCACAGACAGACGCCAGCUACCACCCCCACCAGCACCAGCCAAUGAAGAGAGAAGAGGAGGGCUCCCACCCCUUCCCCCACACCCAGGUGGAGACCAAGGGGGCCCAUCAGCUGGCCCACUGUCCCUAGGGCUGGUGACAGUGGACAUCCAGAACCCUGACAUCACAAGUUCACGAUAUCGAGGACUCCCAGCACCUGGACCUGGCCCAGCUGAUAAGAAACGUUCAGGGAAGAAGAAGAUCAGCAAAGCAGAUAUUGGUGCACCCAGUGGAUUCAAACAUGUCAGCCACGUGGGGUGGGACCCCCAGAAUGGAUUUGAUGUGAACAACCUUGACCCAGAUCUGCGGAGUCUGUUCUCCAGGGCAGGAAUCAGCGAGGCCCAGCUCACUGAUGCUGAAACUUCCAAACUUAUCUAUGAUUUUAUUGAGGACCAGGGUGGGCUGGAGGCUGUGCGACAGGAGAUGAGGCGCCAGGAGCCACUUCCACCACCCCCACCACCAUCCCGAGGAGGAAACCAGUCCCCAAAGCCCCCUGUUGUGGGGGGUAACAAGGGUCGUUCUGGUCCACUGCCCCCUGUACCUUUGGGGGGUGCUCCACCCCCACCCACAACCCGGGGACCCCCACCCCCAGGCCGAGGGGCCCCUCCUCCUCCACCCCCUCCAGCUACUGGACGUUCUGGACCACCUCCCCCUCCACCUCCUGGGGCUGGCGGGCCCCCUCUGCCACCACCCCCUCCGCCACCACCAUUGCCACCCCCCAGCAUAGGGGAUGGGCCAGCCCUUCCUCCACCCCCUCCUGCCUUGGUGCCUGGGGGGAGCCUGGCCCCUGGUGGGAGUCGGGGAGCACUUUUGGAUCAAAUCCGGCAAGGAAUUCAGCUGAACAAGACCUCUGGGUCUCUAGAAAGCUCCACGCUGCAGCUACCACCUCAGAGCUCAGAGGGGCUAGUGGGGGCCCUGAUGCAUGUGAUGCAGAAGAGAAGCAGAGUCAUCCACUCUUCAGAUGAAGGGGAGGACCAGGCUGGCGAUGAGGAUGAGGAUGACGAAUGGGAUGACUGAACUGCCACCCUGUGCUCCUGCCUACAGAGCAGACCGCAGCUCCCACUCCACCCUCUGCACACCCUUUACUCUCUGCUUCCAGGCCUGCAACCUGCUUCUUUCCCAUCAACCUCUCCAAUGCUGUUAUCCCUGCCUGGCCCCCACACUCACCCUAGCAAUACCCAGGGUCCUUUUUAUACAAAAUUUCUAUUUUUAUCACUCAAGGAUUUUGAAACAGAAAUAAAAGAAUUGUCUUUUUGUCUCUCU